AUGACGAGCAUCUCUCAUUCGCAUAGUACGACCGAGACCGAGCCAUACGUACCACCGGAUGCGGAAGAGGUGCUAGAUGUAGCAGUCUCUGUCUUGGACCCACGCGACGCCCAGCAAGCCGCAUCGUCGCAGACUACACCGAGGUCUGCGGGCCGCUUUCGUCAGGUGCACCUCAGCUUCGCAGGUCCGCCACCACAAUCGCGGAAGCGCGCACGAAGCACGCCGCCUCCAUCCACGGCUGAGGAGCUGGAUGCGCAGGACAAGGCUAUCGCAGAGGAUGCAGAAGUACCCGCGGACACCGAGAUCCCUGCUGUUGAGAGGCGUCAUGCACGACGCUUCAGCACAGCCUGGAAGCAGACGUACUCGUGGCUGAGCCUGAAGUGGGACAAAGAGGAGUGCCAGUACGGUAUGAAGUGUUCCGCGUGCUGUAAGUUCGCUCCUAACACCAAGUCUCCAUUUGGCGGUCCUGGCGUCGGUGCGAGGGAUUUUCAGAAGUCUGCAUGCCGCAACCAUGACCAGUCCAAGGGAGCUCAUUGGAUCGCGCAGCACGAUGCACCUAUCGCUCUCUACCCCUUGCUGGUGCGGUUCAUGGCGGAGCAAGGAUGCCCCGACAUGCGGAACAGCGAAGCAUACGGUCGUUAUUACUCGCGAUACGCUUUCGGCGAGUUCGUAGAGGCUAUGUCGGAGCAUCUGGUGGCCAGGCAGCUCGUGGACGUCAAAGAGUCGGCCUGGUACAGCCUCUCCUUCGACGAAUCCACGGAUCGCGCCCGUGGAAAGCAUCUCAUCGUGUAUUGCAUGUUCGAGAGAGGCGAGGCCGUGGUGUGCCAGUUUCUUGCUCUCCUGUCGCUCGAGCGAUGCGACGCUGCAGCACUGUACGACGCGAUCGUGAAUUGUCUGUGGUCGAAGGACAUGUCGAUGGACAAGCUGGUUGGGGUUUCAACGGAUGGUGCAUCCGUCAUGACUGGCAAGCAGAACGGGGUUGUCGCCCUGCUUCGGAAACGUUGCCCGUGGCUGGUGGCGAUUCACUGCGUGGCGCAUCGGUAA